ACUGCCCUGGAGCAAGGCACACUGUAAACAACCAGUGACCCACCUACAUGCAGCCUCGCGCCUGCCCCCGCUGCUUCAGCUCUUAAGGUCCACAGGCAACAAGUAGCUAGCCCCUGGUCUCCUGCAAAACAAUGCCAUUCAGCUCCUGCCCACUUUGGAAAACACUGGGUUUUAUAAGCUUAGCAGUGCUUCUUGCAGAUUUUACAAAAAUUGGAGCUUUUGCUAAUCCAAAUGAAUGUAAAAGUGCAACCAUAGAUGAUGUCAACGAGAGUCUUAAGAAAUAUUCAAACUGUUUUCAUGAAAUGAUCCCUGAGAGUAAAAAAUCUUCAAUCAAUUUCCUUGUCUGGACACUGCAAGAAAUGCUUGAUCUUCUACGCCCUGUACAACAGAAAUCUUGCAAGCAGCUUCCUCCCUGCCCGCUCCCACUACCCCCUAGAAACGGCGGGCUGGUGUGUGUCACCAUUGACAAUGCUCAGUACUGUAAACCCAUGUGCAACAAGGGUUAUGACUUCCAGUUCCUCAGAAGGAGUAGACUGUAUGAAGUAUGUGGCAACAGAACCGGUUUUUCCUGGACAACACAGCUUGCUGGGGAAAAGGCACUGGCUGUUUGUAACCCCUCUGAGAUGGCCAUCAGUGGAGCUGAAUCUGCCUAUUUCCCCACCAACAGCACCUGUCUGCGCACAUUAGCCUUCACUGAAACUCAGACUGAUCAGCUAAACACGUUCCUCAAAGAGCUUGGCGAGCAAGGCAUUGACGGCUCCAACCGUGACAAGGAUGCUGAUUGUAUCAUCUGUGGUUACUAGCACCAAAAAUGCUUGUGCUACAGACCAACCAGCCAUCUGCAAUCUGACAUGGGCAUUUUGACAAGAGAUGCAGAUCAGUGAAAUCAUUGCUAAGACGUGUAAACAUACAGCUUUUAUUCGAUUAAAGAACUAGAGAUCAUAGUCCUAAUUUGACCUCAGCUCUUGGAUACAGAUAUGUAGGCUAAACCUAAUCUCAUAGCUCAUGGCAGAAGUGUUUCAAAGAAAGUUCACUUUUAUGGCUUAAAUUUAUCUAGCUGGAAUUAAAUAAGAAACAGAGUUGUUUCAUGGUUGCAGUCAUUAGUUAAACACAGUAAUUUUUACCGGAAAUCAUCUUCUGUCAGGUGUUAGUUUUACUUUACUUCUAGUUGCUUUUACAGGUGCCAAUUAAUCACUGAUUUGUUUCUCUGAUGACCAUUAAAGCAGUGCAAGUCACUGGUCAUAGGCAGUACAGUUCUUUAUUCAUGUACCUGCUUGGUUGGGGGUUAAAUCCGGCUGUACAUACAGCUGUUCAAGGUGCUGUGAUUUGCACGAACUACAAACUUAAAGCACUGUAGUUUGCUGGUGGGACAACUCUAGGGUUUCUCCUGUAUUUAUCAUCUUGAGGAGAUCCCACAGAAAGACACAGACACUAGGUAUACUGCAAUGCACUUCUAGGAGUCAAGAAGCACCCUAUAUGCUUGCUGUAACCGAGCAAAAUGGCAGGGAAAAUGUACUAUCUCAGUUCAGUACAUGUAAGAAGUGGGUUAGCCCUAAACUAGCAGAUAUUUGCAUCGUGUCUCCUCUGCCAAAAAGAUGAAAGUGGUGGGUGUUGAGGGACCUGCAUGAGAAGCUCUGUAAUUUGUGUCCCAGGGAUCUGCCUUCAGUCUUCUCUGUUUAGUUCCUGUGGGGCAAAACCGCAGUGGUUCUGGCAAGAAAGUUCUCUUGAUCCUUGAUUUGUUCUAACAGCUAUGUCUGCCCUGUGGGGUGCAGGGCUGCAAGUGCUCUUCUGCACUUACACUUCCUUGCACAACCUGGGUGUAUGUGAUGCAUGCACUUGCAACGCCUUCCUCAUAUGGAGCCUAUAGCUAUCACAAGGUCUGGCUUGGAUUCACAGGUAAAGUGCAAAAGCAAAUGAGGUCUGGUUGUAAUAGAGUUGGGAUGGGCCAUAUUUAGGGUAGAGCUCUAGGGACUGAUUAUCGGGCAACCUGCUGAGAUGCUCUGGUCUCAGUGCCGUAGUGGUGGGCAGCUGCUGGUCCUAGCCCAGUAUGUUCACAGCAUCUGGCCAAUAAUCCUCCUCACUUUCCCCCGUUCCUUUUAUUUCUAAACCUAGUCUAAUCUGGGGCAAGUUUGGCUGUUGCCAGAGUUAGCAAAGGUUUUAGCUGGUCAUCCGAAUUUGUAACAGCUCUAAACAAGAACAAAUAUCCAAGUGAUUUUUUUUCUGUGGUUGAUUCCUCUCAUGGCAUAUAAGACCAUUUGUUCCUACUCCAGUCCCCAUUCCUCUGUGAGCUCUCCCUCUUUUACCCCCCCACCCCUCACUCCCCAUGUGCAUGUGUACUCUGGAAAAACAGAGGCACAGAGUAAGAAGUGUGAAGGGCAGAAAAUCCCAGCCGUUGUCCACCUGGCAGUUGAUGCAAGUUAAGACAAAAGACAACUUAGCCCUGGUGAUUCAGUUUACUUGUGGAGCUGUAGUAACUAAACGUAUGUGCAUGUGGAUUAUUAGGAAAUCUAAACAAAAAUCUUAGUUACUGUUUACUUGGUUUUCAGUGGAAUCUGUGCUUGAGGUUUUGUUUUAAUUUUCUUCUCUUGAGCAAACCCUGAAGCCAUAGAUCUGAAGACAGCCAGCUCAUCUGUUUGUGUUUCCUUUCUCUUCUUCACCUUUUCCCUAUUCCUGUGAAUCUCAGACACAGGCAUCAUAACUACAUGGUGCAUGAUGUAUAAUAGACCUUUACUUCAUUAAUCAGUUAAAUGAUUCAGAUAUGUAAAACUACACACAUCUUUCAGACUCUGAUGCCAGCCAUUACAAGCAAAAAAAAUUGGUUGCUUUUAGGCCCAGAACCAGACAGUAAUAUGACGAUGAGUGUAGCAGACAAUUACACCAACAAAGGGAUGAGUUGGCUGCUUUGGUUGCUUAUAAACUGAGGCAGUAACUGGUCAUUGUGUUGGAGGCAAAAAUGCUGCAGUCUUAA